ACUUAUCAUAAGGUUCUAUCAGCAAGGCCAUUCAGUUAGAAUUGCUUCACCAAGAUUGUUUUUGUUGUGUUUUUGUGACAGUUGGACUGUAGAUAUUUUGUCUGUGGUAAAUGGAGUUAGGCCUGGGGUGAACAGUGAUGUGUGUCCUGACUGAAAUCUAGUGUUUCCUGGGUCUGUUAAUCUGCCCACUUAACUGUUUCCUAUGUAUGUAUGACACCAAGAUGUAGACACCACGGAACAGUGUGGCUUGGUCAAUAGAAACUAGGUUGACCUUCACCAUGACCUUUAUAUAUUGAAAUACAUCUCAACAUUUUCGUAUCGCAUGGAAUUUUCAUGACUUUGAAUGACAAUAGAUGGAACUAACAACGAAUCUACGCAGUAAGAAAAUUGGCAACUGGUCUCCCACCAAGUUUCAAUUUUCUUUAGCGACGAGAAGGUCUACCUGGAUCAAGUAUGAGUGGUAUGGAUCACCAGGCUACAGUGGAUAAUAGGGGAUUAAGAAUGAAAAUAAAACGUACGAAAAAUAUGGGACCUACAAGCAACAAAAGCGACACCAAACACGAAAUUGUAAAACCCGGAGAGGCUAAAGCAGCAGCACACGGAUCAUCUUCUUCAUCAUCUGCCUCAUCGUCAUCUGAUGGAAUCUCAGCAGCUAACGGGUCUACUGUGGAUAAGUCAAAACUGUCUACAGCCACUGACAGGGACAAAUCUCCAAAGGUGAAAAAUUUGCACAAAAGAGAACGUAGCAAAGAGAAAAUGAAUAAGGAUUGUAAUGCUACAUCUCUGUCCUCUGUUUGCUCACUUGAUGUGCCAUUUUCUCAAGUUUCUCUGGAACCUAACCAGGCAGAAGUUCCGCAGGGGAAAAAAGAAAAUCUUCUACCUGAUCCCUAUGAGUUUAAUGCUAAAGUGGAGGACGGUAUUGGUUUCCCUGUUAAAAAGAUAAAAAGUGAAAAGAACGAUGCAACAUCAUCUACCUCGGCCAACUCUCAGGCACAGAGUUCGACCAAUGCCAGUACGGAGACAUGCAGUAUAGGUGUUUCCACUGAAUCUGAAUUCCUCGGACCAUGUGAACCCGGAACAAGUGUCACCCUUGAAGGAAUUGUGUGGCACGAAUCCGAAAAUGGAGUCCUGGUGGUCAAUGUGACCUGGAGAGACAAGACAUUUGUAGGGACACUGCUGGAUGCCACCAAGCAUGACUGGGCUCCUCCAAGGUUCAAUUGUGAUUCUCCAGUCAGCGAGUUUGAGACCAGAACCCCUAAAGGGAGGGCCAAAAGAGGAAGGGGUUCUGCUUCCACAACACCAGUCAAUGAAAAAGGGCCAGAGGGACGAAAACUACGCAAGGGACGGAAGGGUAGUAACACGUUCCAGGCCCCUCCCAGUCCUGCAAAGUGUGAAACCUCCAUGUCAAGUGGAAUGAAACGUAAAGGACGUCCUACAGAUAUCGAUUUAUCAGCAGCCAUGAACAAACGCAGCAGGUCAUGUUCACAGGGAAAUCAAGGCACAGAAAGUCCUGUUUCCUCACUGAUAGAAUGUCCAGAACCAAAUUGUGGCAAAAAGUACAAGCAUCCAAAUGGACUGAAAUAUCAUCAAACUCAUGCCCACCAGAGUUCUGGGGUCACGACUGAUGUGGACGAGGACACGCGGGACACCUGUGACAAUGUGGAUGAUGAUGUGGACAGUAGUAUCGCUGAUCCCUCUGAAGCCCCUGACACUUCCACAAAGUUGGGCAAGCCUGAGGCCAUGGAGGAAGCGAGUAAGAAGGAGGAAGAAGGUGCUAAGUCAGACAGUGAGAAUAUGGAGGAUCUGGAAGUGGAUGUGAACGGAGAAACACCAAAGGCAGAUUCCGUGGAGAAAAAGGACCCUGUUGUGUCUACUAGUGUUUCUCUAAAUAAACCUGCAGGAGGUAAAGCAAUAGCUAGUAUACCAUCAGGAAAUGCCUUCCAGAUUGUGUCUAAGCAACAUAUUGCAUCUCCUACAUUUGGAGGAGUUGGUCUGCUCUCUCAGAGCCCGCUACAGACCGGAUCUUUACCCAGUGGUCAAGUUUUGCCACUGGUCACUGCAGUAGUGACCACCAAUCCUAUUCCGACUGGGGCCCCUAUCACUGUGGCAGCCAUUUCUGCUACAGCACAACCUUUGGAUCUGAAAACUGAAUCGUCCAAAAGCGAAAAGCCAAUUCGACCAAAGAUCAGUCAUAUAAUGCCCCAGAUUGUUGCUUUGUCCACCAGUGUGUCUGUCACCCAUACAAAUGCUUCACCUGUCACCUCAUCAAACAUGCAAGGCACCUCCCAGCUAAUUCCGAUACAGCCAAAACCAACUCCCCCAGGGGAGACUGCACCACCUACUCCAUCGUUUCUGGGUCUCAACAGGGACAGAAAGCCAAAACAGAAAAAACGAGACAAAGUGAAAGAGAAGGAGUCCCCAUUGGCUGGUCCUCCUAUCUGCCAAAGUUUAGCCGCCGCACCGAUGAGGACUGGUAAAGUGGAACCAUUGAAAAACGAACAACAAAGUGCAGGAGUCAUAAAAGUGGCUCCUAUUAUAGCUAGUAAACCAAUGGAUCAUAAUAAAUCGGAAAAUUCUACAAUUACGAGUGCUCCACGACUUGACCGGCUGGACAAGCCUCUGUCCUUGUCCACUUCAGGUGCCAAUGUUGGUGUGGUUACAGCCCAAGUGCAGCCCUCCCCAAAAGGGGUGGAUCUAUCACAGACACGACAGACGGAACCACCUAGUAUGUUAAAGGUUAACCCAUCGCUGGCUGCCCUUGACAGUAGGUCAAACAGAAGCGAAGACGUACAGAGUCCCUCUUACUAUUCAGACAUUUCUGAGGAGUCAGGAUCUCCUGCAACUCAUCCUCAAAGUGAAAGCCCUCAGAAAAACAAGGACGAGAGCUUAACAAAGAACAGAGACAAUGCCCCGAAUGUGCCAAACAUGCCCUCGUCCCAGCCUACAGUGAUGGACAGUCAAUCCGUUCCCCCUUACAUGUACGGUUCCUAUUACGGGCAGCAAGCCACGCCUUAUCUACUGUCGCCCCAGAACAUGUCGUCACCUGUGGGGACAAAUUCUGGUCCAAAUGCGCCCUCGCAGCAGCCACAGUCCCAUCCCCAUCACCCAUCACAGCAACCCCAUCCUCAUCAUCCAUCACAACCCCACAUCUCUUCACAGACCCCCAACAAGGACAGGAACACACCCUCAGAACAAUCCAAAAAUGAAUCUAAACUAAAACGGGAUGAUUCCAAAGACUCUGAUGGUAAAGAUGAUCGUGGGGAUAAAGGUGAUGCGCGGGGCAUGACGCAGCAAGAGUACCAUCAUAUGCAGCAUCAGAAGUGGGUCCAACAACAGAUGUACGCUCUACAGAUCCCUCCCCACGCCCAGUACCAGUUUCUAGCCACAUAUGGGCCCUAUUUUGACAAUGCUUACCAUAUGCAUAUGAUGUCCAAUGAUGCCAUGUAUCGGCAGCAUCAUGAACAGAAGAUUGGUGAGGAGGAAAAGAAUCGUGCAGAUGGGGAGAGGAAGGAGGGAGAUAUACCUAAGCCGAUGGUUAGACCACCCACCUCCACAGACAAUGGUGUAGGUCAGUUAGGGGAUGGGAUGACAGGUAGAGGACCUCCUCCAGGGGAUAGUCAUCAGGGACACAAAGAGGCGGACCACAAAAGGGGUGCGUCAGAAGUGCUGUCAGAGAGGGAGCUUAAGGAAAAAAGUAUGCGAGAAAAACAAAAUGAAAAUCACCAAAUCAUAAAAGAAAAUCUAGAUCUCAAGGAUCAAAUGGAUAGAAAUAGACUAGACCAGAGGUUUGAUCCUGUGUAUGGACGUGAUAACGCACGCGAUAAAACCAGUGAGGAACAACGGCGCAUUCAAAUGUAUCGACAACAAGCUAUGAUUAGACAUCAAAAACGGGAGGAACAGCACAAGAAAAUGGGUGAUGGUAAUAAAUAUGAGCAUAGGCCUUCUGAAUCUAAAUCAUCAGUCAUAAAUCAGGUCAGUAGCAACAGCAGUGGGGCUGAAGGUAGACCAAGGGACCACUCGGUGGGGGCAGACACGGGCAAAUCCAAAAUUGAAAUAAAACGAGAACCAGAAGAUAAAGGGUAUAGAGACUCGAGCGAUGCAAGUGACUCAAAAGUAUCUAGUGGUGACAAAAGUAAGUCGUUAACAUCAUCAUCUUCCUCCUCUUCGUUAGACAGGAUCAGAGGACACGACACGCCAAAGGGUAAACCUGGGAGUCGAGUGUCUAGCCCACACACGCCCUCCUCCAACCCCUCCAAUGUAAUUCCUUCUUCAAUGACUCCCGCAGGCCCCAAUGGGCCCCCCUACCCAGCCUACAUGUACCCUAGUCAGUAUAUGCAGUCUUCAAUGUAUGGACAAAUGCCGUUCGAGCCCACCCACCCAAUGUAUCGCGGGAUGAAUCCAAUGAUGUAUGGUGCUUAUCUUCAUCCAUCACAAAUUCCUCCAUAUCCUGUCAAUAUGGAAAUGGAUGAAAAGGAAAAACUUGGUCUUGUACAGAAAUUAGCUCCGACAGAAAGUGAGGGUAAAUUAACAGACCCUAACCAUGGACCUCUUUAUCACAGCAGCUCUGGACCUAGUGCUACAAAUAAUAGUGCAAGUGUUAGUUUAAACAAAGGAAAUAGUGGCCAUAAAAUUCAUGAACUUCAGGAAAAGACUAGGUCUGUGGCAAGUCCACAUCGGGCUUCACCAGUGUCUGUUGGUAAGCCUGAAGGGCCUCCCACCCCCACCCAUUCCAUAGGGGCAGUGGACAAGAACCGCGAGUACAGCAGCUCUCCUCCGACCCAGAGGCAUGUUCAUACCCAUCACCACACCCACGUCGUGGAGGCUGCCUACCCUGUGGGCUAUUACCCUGGUAUGUUUCCCGGUGCUAGUCAACAAAAGUCCCCUCCCGCUGCGGCUGUCCAGCCCCUGCCAGGAGAACCCUCCUAUCCACCACCCAAGUGAAGGCUUCAGCACACAUUGAUUGGUGGAUCUCUACUUUCUCAACUUCAGUUGGGACAUUCCCCUUCUGUACCCAGUCAAACAGUUACAAGCAAUGUGAUGGUGGGUGUUUGCAGUAUUCUUAUCUAUCAGUGCCAACAAAAACAGAAGAUUGUAACAAGUCAUGUGAUUGGUUGACACCUGAUGUUCAGUGUUGUUACCAGUAAGUCGAGUUUACAACUUCGGUUAUAACUGAUUGAUUGAAACAGUUUUUGCUGCGUGUAUAUAUAGUUACAGCAGUAAACUCAGCACCCAUCCAGGUGUGCCUGUAAUAACAGAUCACUAACUACAAAGUCUCUUGUCAAAUGUGUAACAACCCGUACGAUUGGUGGAUAUUCCUCCGAUGUUCCAUGUCGAAGAACAAGUACGAAUGGUGGACAUUCUUAGUGUUUCAAGUGAAAUGUGUAACACCCUUUAAAUGAUUGGUGUAUGUUUAUUUCAAACACCAAUUUUUGGUUGAGAAAAGGUUUGUCGAGGAUAUGAGGAGACUGAAGGUGGUGAAUGUGUGUAUAAUGUCCUGAGAAGAUCGUGAGUUUGUGGUCUACCUGGUCUGUAGGUACCGUGAUCGCAAGUCUGUGGUCAUCCUGGUCUGUAGGUAACGAGAUCACAAGUCUGUUUUCUACCUGGUCUGUAGGUACCGUGAUCGCAAGUCUGUGGUCAUCCUGGUUUGUAGAUAACGAGAUCGCAAGUCUGUUUUCUACCUGGUCUGUAGGUACCGUGAUCACAAGUCUGUGGUCAUCCUGGUCUGUAGGUAACGAGAUGCGCGAGUCUGUUUUCUACCUGGUCUGUAGGUACCGUGAUCACAAGUAUGUUGUCAUCCUGGUCUGUAGGUAACGAGAUCGUGAGUCUGUUUUCUACCUGGUCUGUAUACGUAGGUACCGUGAUCGCAAGUCUGUGGUCAUCCUGGUAUGUAGGUAACGAGAUCGCGAGUCUGUUUUCUACCUGGUCUGUAGGUAACGAGAUCGCAAGUUUUCUACCUGGUCUGUAGGUACCGAGAAGAACUGGAAAGCCCUUGGUUACUUUGUCUGCCAUCCCAGCUUUAGCAAUAAUGACCAUCAUCAGCAUUCUUUUAUGCGUACAUAUUUUAGAUACCCUAUGCAAAAUUCAGUGUUAUUUUACUUUUAAACACUUUUCCAUCAAUAACAUCAAUUGGCUUGACAAAUCAAACUAAACGAUUCGUGACUUUAUACUGAUAACAUUCUGCCCUAGUAAACUGUAAAAAGGGGACUAAGAAAUGUUAAAUGUUUUAAACAUUUUUGAAAUACUUGAAAUUCAGUUCAAAAAUGAAUUUAACAUGGUUUGGUCUUGAAAUGAUUAAAUGAUAUAUAUAUAUAUAUAUAUAUAUGUUUAUUUCAAAAAGUACCUUUAAUUCAUUUACCCCUGAAGAUACAUUUGAACUGUUCCAAUUACCGGUAAAAGGUUGGAAUAGUUCAUUAUUAAACAUCAGGUGUGAGUGAGCUAAAUUUUUCAUACACUGUACAUGUAUUAACAACCUGAAUUUUUUUAAUUCAGUUUUUGUAAAGAUAAAUGAGUUUAACGUA